AUGGGCAGCGACGUUACUGAAGUCUCGAGGAGCAGAAUAUUUGGUGGCUACCAAUGUGUCUACUCCCAUGACAGCAAAGAGCUCAAAUGUAAAGCCCACUUUUCUAUUUACUUCCCCCCAAGUUAUGAUGAACAAGCCGAUGAAAGGCUUCCUGUGAUUUAUUGGCUUUCUGGACUGACAUGCACUGAGCAGAAUUUUAUUCAAAAAUCAGGUGCUCAGAGAUAUGCCUCUGAGCAUGGUGUCAUCAUCGUUGGACCUGACACAAGCCCAAGAAAUUGCAAAAUUGAAGGUGAUUCUGAAUGCUGGGAUUUUGGAGUGGGUGCAGGAUUUUAUGUGGAUGCAACAGAACCAAAAUGGAAGGAACAUUACAGAAUGUACUCUUAUGUCACAAAAGAGCUUCCUGCUUUGAUUGGAAGCACUUUCAGGAUUGACCUCAGCAGGCAAUCAAUCAUGGGACACAGCAUGGGAGGGCAUGGGGCAUUGAUAUGUUACUUGAAAAAUCCUGGCAAGUACAAAAGUGUUUCAGUAUUUGCUCCCAUCUGCAAUCCUUCCAAAUGUCCCUGGGGUCAGAAAGCUUUCAAAGGAUAUUUGGGCAGUGAUGAAACUACUUGGGAGGCAUAUGACGCCUGCUCACUUGCCAAACACUACAAGGGCCCUAUUAACAACAUACUAAUUGAUCAGGGUUUGAGUGAUGAGUUUCUGGGGAAGAAUCAACUGUUGCCCGACAACUUUGUUGUAUCUUGUGCUGAAUCAAAAAUACCUAUCAUUUUAAGAAAGCACGAGGGCUACGAUCACAGCUACUUCUUCAUCUCAACGUUCAUUGGAGAACAUGUUGCACAUCACGCAAAAUUUCUUAAAUGUUGA